AUGUAUGCCUGUCGGUGGGUCGGCUGUCGGCCCGGCAAGGUCGAUACUGUUCGAUUACGAUGCCUCGCCGAGCAGUAUCCCAUUGAGGAUGAUCGAUAUGAGCAGGCGCUGGCUCGUGUGGGCUUAUGGAGUGUGUCAAAGUACUAUCGGGCCGAAGGACUCUGUAGCACAUCUCCAUUGGCUCAAUUUGAGAAUUCCCCUCAGUAG